ACAAGGUGAGCCGUAAAGUUCCCUCCUGUCGUGAUGUGGCGCACAAGACGCAUGCGCAGGCCCUGAAAAGGUGCUUGGGUGGCCCCGAGCUUUCCUUUUCCGGUUGCGGCGCCGCGCGGUGUGGAGCUUUGGUGUGCUUUAGCAACCAUGCCGUCUAAGGGUCCGCUGCAGUCCGUGCAAGUCUUCGGUCGCAAGAAGACGGCCACAGCCGUGGCACACUGCAAACGGGGCAAUGGCCUCAUCAAGGUGAACGGGCGUCCCCUGGAGAUGAUUGAGCCGCGCACGCUGCAAUACAAGUUACUGGAGCCUGUUCUCCUUCUGGGGAAGGAGCGGUUUGCUGGUGUUGACAUCCGUGUCCGUGUGAAGGGUGGUGGUCAUGUGGCCCAGAUUUACGCUAUCCGUCAGUCCAUCUCCAAAGCCCUGGUGGCCUAUUAUCAGAAAUAUGUGGAUGAGGCUUCCAAGAAGGAGAUCAAAGAUAUUCUCAUCCAGUAUGACCGGACCCUGCUGGUAGCUGACCCCCGUCGCUGUGAAUCCAAAAAGUUUGGAGGCCCUGGUGCCCGUGCUCGUUACCAGAAAUCCUACCGAUAAACUCAUCAUAAGAACUGGCAUUGGCCGGGGAUUUAGCUCAGUGGUUCCACCGCCUGCCUCACAAGCUAAGGACCCGAGUUUGAUCCCUGGUACCAAAAAAAAAAAAAAAGAAUUGGCAUUGACCUUUGUAAUAAACAUGGAAUUUUAAGGUUG